UGAAAUCAAUACCGUUAGUGAAAAAUCUAAAUUUGAGUUACAAUUUACUCACAUCCAUUGAAGAAAAUAUGUUGUCCGAUAAGGAUCAUCUCAACUACUUGGAUAUAAGAAACAAUUGUAUCGAACAGAUAGAUUUUAAAUUUAUCAAACAUGUUUACAUUUCUCUUGGAAUUUUUAACGAAAGGUGCAAGUUCUAUGGUUUGACAAAAACAGAUAUUUUUUUUAUAUCGAAAAGUACAGUUUAUGUAGUUGGGACAUUCGUCUUGGUAGCAUUUUGUGUCGCUAUAGCAAUGAUUAUACUAUAUUCAAGACGAUUCACCAAAUCCACAAAGAACGACGAGAUGCCGAUGGUGGUAUUUAAUGACCUUUCAAAUGCAGUUUCUGACGACAACAACAGAAGACUCGUAGAACCUCCACACGAAUAUGAAGCGAUCAACUAUAUUGUUCCAGAACGACGAGAAUCCAACGGAUAUUUGGUCCCACGUUCAGAUCUAUGAAAAUACAAUAAACAGUGGACGAAUUUUACAAUAUUUUGAUAAAGUAAAGUUAGGUGGCUCAUAUACAUAUCCCUCGUUUUACACGGUACUCUCUUUACACGUUUCCGCUUUUACGCGGUUUUAA